AUGGGGGUGAGGAGGUUAGUGCGGGUGAUGGGGGUGAGGAGGUUAGUGUGGGUGAUGGGGGUGAGGAGGUUAGUGUGGGUGAUGGGGGUGAGGAGGUUAGUGCGGGUGAUGGGGGUGAGGAGGUUAGUGCGGGUGAUGGGGGUGAGGAGGUUAGUGCGGGUGAUGGGGGUGAGGAGGUUAGUGCGGGUGAUGGGAGUGAGGAGGUUAGUGUGGGUGAUGGGGGUGAGGAGGUUAGUGCGGGUGAUGGGGGUGAGGAGGUUAGUGUGGGUGAUGGGGGUGAGGAGGUUAGUGCGGGUGAUGGGGGUGAGGAGGUUAGUGCGGGUGAUGGGGGUGAGGAGGUUAGUGCGGGUGAUGGGGGUGAGGAGGUUAGUGUGGGUGAUGGGGGUGAGGAGGUUAGUGUGGGUGAUGGGGGUGAGGAGGUUAGUGCGGGUGAUGGGGGUGAGGAGGUUAGUGCGGGUGAUGGGGGUGAGGAGGUUAGUGCGGGUGAUGGGGGUGAGGAGGUUAGUGCGGGUGAUGGGGGUGAGGAGGUUAGUGUGGGUGAUGGGAGUGAGGAGGUUAGUGUGGGUGAUGGGAGUGAGGAGGUUAGUGUGGGUGAUGGGGGUGAGGGUUAGUGUGGGUGAUGGGGGUGAGGAGGUUAGUGCGGGUGAUGGGGGUGAGGAGGUUAGUGCGGGUGAUGGGGGUGAGGAGGUUAGUGUGGGUGAUGGGAGUGAGGAGGUUAGUGCGGGUGAUGGGAGUGAGGAGGUUAGUGCGGGUGAUGGGGGUGAGGAGGUUAGUGCGGGUGAUGGGGUGAGGAGGUUAGUGCGGGUGAUGGGGGUGAGGAGGUUAGUGCGGGUGAUGGGGGUGAGGAGGUUAGUGCGGGUGAUGGGGGUGAGGAGGUUAGUGUGGGUGAUGGGGGUGAGGGUUAGUGUGGGUGAUGGGAGUGAGGAGGUUAGUGCGGGUGAUGGGGGUGAGGAGGUUAGUGUGGGUGAUGGGAGUGAGGAGGUUAGUGUGGGUGAUGGGGGUGAGGAGGUUAGUGCGGGUGAUGGGGGUGAGGAGGUUAGUGCGGGUGAUGGGGGUGAGGAGGUUAGUGCGGGUGAUGGGGGUGAGGAGGUUAGUGCGGGUGAUGGGGGUGAGGAGGUUAGUGUGGGUGAUGGGGUGCGGGUGAUGGGGGUGAGGAGGUUAGUGCGGGUGAUGGGGGUGAGGAGGUUAGUGCGGGUGAUGGGGGUGAGGAGGUUAGUGUGGGUGAUGGGGGUGAGGAGGUUAGUGCGGGUGAUGGGGGUGAGGAGGUUAGUGCGGGUGAUGGGAGUGAGGAGGUUAGUGUGGGUGAUGGGGGUGAGGAGGUUAGUGUGGGUGAUGGGGGUGAGGAGGUUAGUGCGGGUGAUGGGGGUGAGGAGGUUAGUGUGGGUGAUGGGGGUGAGGAGGUUAGUGUGGGUGAUGGGGGUGAGGAGGUUAGUGCGGGUGAUGGGGGUGAGGAGGUUAGUGUGGGUGAUGGGGGUGAGGAGGUUAGUGCGGGGGAUGGGAGUGAGGAGGUUAGUGUGGGUGAUGGGGGUGAGGAGGUUAGUGCGGGUGAUGGGGGUGAGGAGGUUAGUGCGGGUGAUGGGGGUGAGGAGGUUAGUGUGGGUGAUGGGGGUGAGGGUUAGUGUGGGUGAUGGGGGUGAGGAGGUUAGUGUGGGUGAUGGGGGUGAGGAGGUUAGUGCGGGUGAUGGGAGUGAGGAGGUUAGUGCGGGUGAUGGGGGUGAGGAGGUUAGUGUGGGUGAUGGGGGUGAGGAGGUUAGUGUGGGUGAUGGGAGUGAGGAGGUUAGUGCGGGUGAUGGGGGUGAGGAGGUUAGUGUGGGUGAUGGGGGUGAGGAGGUUAGUGCGGGUGAUGGGAGUGAGGAGGUUAGUGCGGGUGAUGGGGGUGAGGAGGUUAGUGCGGGUGAUGGGGUGCGGGUGAUGGGGGUGAGGAGGUUAGUGUGGGUGAUGGGGGUGAGGAGGUUAGUGCGGGUGAUGGGGGUGAGGAGGUUAGUGUGGGUGAUGGGGGUGAGGAGGUUAGUGCGGGUGAUGGGGGUGAGGAGGUUAGUGUGGGUGAUGGGGGUGAGGAGGUUAGUGCGGGUGAUGGGGGUGAGGAGGUUAGUGCGGGUGAUGGGGGUGAGGAGGUUAGUGCGGGUGAUGGGGGGAGGUUGA